GUGCACAUAUCAAAGAAACCACACUUACCGAGUUAAACUUACACACAGGUGUUCGGAGCAUGCUAGAUAGCUAAUUAGUACAGGUGGUCACCUCUUGGCUUCCAUCUGUUUUCCCUAAACAAGCGCUGUAACGUGGAGAUGUGGCCGUAUGGGAACACGUUAUCAAGGUAUACAGACAAGGAGGCGUGCAAAGUUUACCAUCCGUACAGUAGGUGGCGGCAUGCAUCUCUAAUGAUUGUUUGCGGACCGCCAUAAUACCAUAGAAGAAGAAGGUUAUUUCGGUCGAGGAACGUCACCUGCGUCUGUCUGUAAGGUGUUCCGAAGCCAGGGAAGGGAUGACCGGAGAAACGGAGGCUGAUAUACCUGAAACGGGAGCAGUCUUCACCUUUGGGAAGAGCAAGUUUGCUGAUAAUGUGCCCAGUAAAUUCUGGCUGAAGAAUGACCAUCCAGAGGAAAUCUCAUGUGGGGGGGAUCACACAGCUGUCAUAACAGGCCAUGGCAGGCUGUUCAUGUUUGGAAGUAAUACCUGGGGUCAGCUAGGACUUGGGUCAGAGAUCAAUGUCAACAUCAACAAGCCCACCGCUGUGAAAGCGUUGAAGUCUGAAAAAGUUAAGUUUGCAUCAUGUGGGAGAGACCACACAAUAGUGUGCACAUGGAGUGGGCGUGUUUAUGGUGCUGGCAGUAACCAGGAGGGGCAGCUUGGUUUGGGACACUGUGACGACACAAACACCUUCCACCUGCUUCAUCCUUUCUCUGACCAUGCACCAAUAAAAAUGCUUGCUGCUGGCUGCAACACCUCAGCUGCCCUGACAGAGGACGGCAGGCUGUUCAUGUGGGGUGAUAACUCUGUGGGCCAGAUCGGUCUGGGCACAGAGAGCUACACCUCAGAGCCCAGAGAUGUGAUGGUGGGACAGCCAGUGACCUGGGUGUCUUGUGGAUACCACCACUCAGCGUUUGUCACAGUGGAUGGGGACCUCUACACGUUUGGGGAGAGUGGGAGCGGAAGACUGGGUGUAUUCCCAGACCAGCUAGCCAAUCACAGAGUCCCUCAGCGUGUGGAAAGCAUCCAGGAUCCAGUCAUCCAAGUGUCCUGUGGAGGGGAGCACACAGUGGCACUCACAAAGGACAAUGUGUACGCAUUUGGGCGGGGGCAGCAUGGGCAGCUAGGCCAUGGGACCUUCCUGUUCGAGGUACCUUUGCCAAAAGCACUGGACCACUUCCGGAAUGGCAGAGUCAGUCACGUAACCUGUGGAGAGAACCACACUGCAGUGAUCACAGACAGUGGGAUUCUAUACACCUUUGGGGAUGGUCGCCAGGGUAAACUAGGACUGGGGGAAGAGAACUUCACAAACCAGUUCAGACCAACACUGUGCCCACGCUUCCUCAAAUACAGUGUCCAGUCAGUGGCAUGUGGCGGCUCUCACAUGCUGGUGCUGGCUAUGCCCAGACUCCCAGAGGUUGAGGAAGUGGUGAUAGAGGAGGAUGAUGUUACAGAGAGCAUUCUGGAGUCUCUGGAGACCUACACCGAGCUGCUCCUAAUGGACCCCUCCUUCCUGAUGCCCAACCCACAGACCACACCUCCUCUCUGGACCCUGUCUGCUAGGGCCCGCCGCAGGGAGAGGGAGAGUUCUCCAGAGCAGUUUGGCCAGAUGUUCCGUAACCUUCCGCCUCUGAUGUCAGGCUUCCUCAACGCCUCCCUGCCCCUGUCCAGAAAUAUCCGCAUCUCCAGAACACCAUCUGAAGACCCCUGCACCUCCUCACUGUCCUCCAAUCCCUCCUCAAAUGACCCCCCCAGCCCCUCACUCUCCCUUAAAUCCAGAUCCAAAACCCCAUUAACACCGUCACCCAUGUUCAUAUUCCCAGACCCUCCUAGCCCUUCACUCUCCUCCAAGUUCUCCCCUAAGAAGAGGCCCAGCCCAAAAUCCCCCAAAUAUGCAUCUAAAGAACACCUCACCCCCCCACAGUCCUUUAAAUCCACACAUAAACUCAUCCCCACCCCCUCAGUGUCCCCUAAACCCUCCUCUGUAAAGCCCACAGAUGACAACCAAUCCCCCAAAACGCUGUCUGAGGGUCCCACCACACCACAGACAGAGAGGACCAAGGACACUGUGAUAGAAGCAACUGACAGCCGGAUGCUCAUUGAGAAUUUAGAGAAGAACAUGGAUGAAGAGGACAAUAAAGACAUGUUGCCAGACCUGGCAUUACCAUCAGGGGGAGAUUUUGGCGAUGAGACUGGGACUACAUCUGCAGAACAGAAGGAUAAGGGACAUAAAAAGGGUCGGGCUCUGAGGAGAGCUGUUAAGGAAGCAGAAAUGAAGGUUGAACAAGCCCCGGCCAACAGGAAGCCGCAGCUACUUUCCCAUAAGGCCCUUCCUACCGAGCUUCUGAGAGGCUCCAGCUUGAGUUCAUUAAAGGCAGAGGGCACGCCCCCAAAGAGCCCCAAAUGCUUAAUGAACCCUCAGACCCCAGCCAGCGGCAAGGAAAACAUUGCCUUGACAGCAGAAAAUUCUGGCAUCAAAGUGAACACCAGUAAACUGGCAGGUAGUAAUCUGCAAAGCACAGGUAAAGCAGGGUCUAAACCAAUUUCACCAGCAAAGAAACAAAGCAAGUUAUCCGUAUCGAAACCUAGCACUCCUACACACAGCCAGAUCCAGAUAUCCGUGUCUAAACCCAGCACUCCAAAACAUGGUCAAAACAAACCGUCUGAAUCUAAACCCAGCACUCCAAAACAUGGUCAAAGCAAACCGUCUGAAUCUAAACCCAGCACUCCAAAACAUGGUCAAAACAAACCGUCUGAAUCUAAACCCAGCACUCCAAAACAUGGUCAAAACAAACUGUCUGAAUCUAAACCCAGUACUCCAAAACAUGGCCAAAGUAAGCUGUCUGAGAUGAAUAAAGGUACAGAGAUGAAAGGUAAAGGCCCUGUAAAAGUUCAAGGUAAAGAGGCUUUCAAAGACAAGAAAUCUAAAAUUGCAGAGGAAUAUACUAAAACAAUUGAAGUUCAAAAUAAACCACUUCAAGAGAUCAGGUCCCCUCCAGUCAAAGUUAAAGGGAAACCUGUGGAAAAGGAAACAACUCCAAUUAAGGCUACUGCUGAAACCAUUCCUUUGAAAGUAAAGAGCAUUCCCAAGAAGAUUAUAGAUGAUAACAAACCAUCUGAAUGUAAAGGCACUCCAAUAAAAGGAAAAAAGAAGGCAAAAGAGGUGAAUGAAGAGAAGAUGGAAGAGUCUAUUACUUUCAACGAGUCAGGGACAAUAGUGGGGAACAAAAUGGCAGUUAAUGAAAAAGAAAGUGCACCCACCAAAACAAAAAAUGUGCCCAAACCAAAAGAUGUUGAAGCGAAACUAACUGAGUUAGAGGGAGUCCCAGUGAAACUGAAAAGCAAGCCGACAGAGGUUUCCAGCCAAGCAGUCUUAGUAGAACCUACCUCAAAGGCCAAAUCACCAGUCACAUCACUCUCAUUAUCAGAUGCACUACCUCAAAAUGCUGGAGAUAAGAAGUCAACAAAGUCACUGGUUGUCUGUCAGGUCAUGGAUAGAGUGGAGGUCCCAGGGGAAGAUGCCUUAGAUGAAUCCCAGAAGGGGAAGCCUAGCUGGGGAGGAUUUCUCAGCGAUGCAGCCUCUCUCCUUCCAGAUGUGGGGAUGGCGGGGACAGCCAUGGGGGUCCUGAGUGAGGCGGUGACGAGCGUGAGGGAGAUUCAGUCGGAGAGUGACACAGACACUUCUAUCCCUCCUCGGCGGUCCAGCCGGGUAGAGAGGUUCACCAAACAGAGCGCCAUCACCCAGCCAUCCUCCACAUCACCCUCUUCUUCAACAUCAGAUCCAAGCACAGCUGAGCAAAGCAAGAGGACUGACGCCCGCAUCGGCACCCUCAGGAAUUCUGAUCAGGAAGUGGGGAGCAGGAUUAUUGAGAAGGACCCAGAAACCACAGAGGCUGCUAGCGAGAGGUCAGGGGGUCAGGCCAAGGUCGAUUAUGAUGAGAACUCUAGUAGUCAAAGUUCGGGAGCUGAGGAUGAUGAAGAUAAAGAGUCCACAAAGAGACAUGGAGAUGGGACAGAAAUGGAGAGCACCAAACAAGAGGAAAAAGAGGAUUACAGAAGUGUUAAGGGUCUGGAAGAUAACAGUGAAGACAGUGAUACUGUGGCCAGCGGAGAGGGAGAGGAGGGUAGAGAAGAAAAGAGUGAAGAGAGCGAGGGCGCAGAGGCAGAAGAAAAGAGUGAAGAGAGCGAGGGCGCAGAAGAAGAAAAGAGUGAAGAGAGCGAGGGCGCGGAAGAAGAAAAGAGUGAAGAGAGCGAGGGCGCGGAAGAAGAAAAGAGUGAAGAGAGCGAGGGCGCGGAAGAAGAAAAGAGUGAAGAGGGCGCGGAAGAAGAAAAAGAGGAAGAGAGCGAGGGCGCGGAAGAAGAAAAGAGUGAAGAGAGCGAGGGCGCGGAAGAAGAAAAGAGUGAAGAGAGCGAGGGCGCGGAAGAAGAAAAGAGUGAAGAGGAUGCGGAGGUGGAGGCGGAAGAAGAAGAAGAAACGAGUGAUAGUGUGGGGACAGGAGAGGGGGCGGAGGAAGACGAGAGGUGUGAGAGUGAGGGGACAGGAGAGUGGGAACAGGGAGAGAAGAGUGAUAGUGAUGCGACUAUAAAGGGGGAGGAGGAAGAAGAGAAAAGUGAUGAGGGCGCAGUACAGGGGGAGGAGAAAGAAGAGAAGAGUGAUAGUGAGGGGACAAGUGAUGGGGAGGAGAGCAAAGAGAGUGAUUCUGAGUGGAGAGGAGGAGAUGAGUGA